AUGCCGCAGACGCAGAAAGGUUCGUCGGGUCCUCCUCUACAGACAUUUCUCGGAAUCAGGACUAAUGGAGGCUGGUAUAGCCCCCUGAAGCCUGCAGAAUUACAAGUCCUUCGUGCGCAAUACGAAAAGGAGGGUGACUUUGUGGGAGUCCAGACCAAAUUCAACUAUGCUUGGGGUUUGAUCAAAUCGAAUCAAAGAAGCGAUCAACAACUCGGCGUCCAGCUGCUGUCUGAUAUCUUCAAGACGACCCCCGAGCGACGGCGAGAAUGUCUGUACUAUCUGGCGCUCGGAAAUUACAAGCUGGGAAACUAUGCUGAAGCAAGACGAUACAAUGACUUGUUACUAGAGAAAGAGCCCGGAAAUUUGCAGGCUGCAAGUCUGAGACAAUUGAUUGACGACAAGGUGUCGAAAGAAGGAUUAAUGGGCGUGGCCAUCAUAGGUGGCGUGGCGGUCGCUGCUGGGAUUGUUGGAAGUAUGAUUGUGAGGGGAUCACGGAAAAGGUGA